GAAAGGAUUGCCCUAGCCCACAACCGAUCCAUUACGCCGCCUGCCCGAAGGCCUAAUUCCUAAAUCGGCGCACCGAUUGCUGUGCUCUCCAUCUGAUUUCUCCCUGGGUGUAGGGUUUAGAGAGAUGUCGGAUGAUGAAGCGAGAGAGGAGAAGGAGUUGGAUCUCACCUCCCCCGAUGUCGUCACCAAGUACAAGAGCGCCGCUGAGAUCGUCAACAAGGCGCUUCAGUUGGUGACAUCCAAGUGCAAGCCCAAAGCCAAGAUUGUUGAUCUUUGCGAGCAAGGCGACGCUUUUAUCAGGGAGCAAGCUGGGAACAUAUACAAGAAUGUAAAAAGAAAGAUCGAGAGGGGUGUAGCUUUUCCCACAUGCAUUUCUGUCAAUAAUACCGUGUGUCAUUUCUCACCACUCGCCAGCGACGACGCUGUUCUGGAAGAGAAUGACAUCGUGAAAAUUGACAUGGGAUGCCACAUCGAUGGGUUUAUUGCAGUGGUGGGGCACACUCACGUUAUCCAGGAGGGGCCUGUGACUGGUAGAGCCGCAGAUGUGAUUGCUGCUGCUAAUACCGCAGCAGAAGUUGCCUUAAGGCUUGUGAGGCCCGGAAAAAAGAACAAGGAUGUUACAGAAGCUAUUCAGAAGGUAGCUGCUGCCUAUGACUGCAAAAUUGUUGAAGGAGUGCUUAGUCAUCAGUUAAAGCAGUUUGUAAUUGAUGGGAACAAAGUCAUAAUCAGUGUAACAAACCCUGAAACACGUGUUGAUGAAUUCGAAUUUGAAGAAAAUGAAGUAUAUGCAAUUGAUGUUGUGACUAGUACAGGUGAAGGAAAGCCAAAACUGUUGGAUGAGAAGCAAACUACAAUCUAUAAAAGAGCUGUCGAUAAAAAUUACCACCUAAAAAUGAAGUCUUCAAGGUUCAUUUUCAGCGAAAUAAGCCAAAAGUUUCCAAUCAUGCCAUUUUCUGCAAGGGCUUUGGAAGAGAAGCGAGCUCGUCUUGGACUUGUUGAAUGUGUGAACCAUGACCUUUUACAGCCGUACCCUGUGUUGCAUGAGAAGCCUGGAGACCUGGUUGCGCACAUUAAAUUUACAGUAUUGUUGAUGCCUAAUGGGUCAGACAGGAUUACCUCUCAUCCACUUCAACAAUUGCUGCCUUCCAAAAUGAUUGAUGACAAUGCCGAAAUUAAAGCAUGGAUGGCCUUGGGAACAAAGACAAAGAAGAAAGGUGGAGGAAAGAAGAAAAAAGGUAAGAAAGGAGACGCCCAGGAUGAUGCAGUAGAAUCUGAACCCAAGGAUAGUGCAUCAAAUAGCACAGCGGCUUAGUGACUAAGCUAGAAAGUUUUGGUGCACCUUUAUUACAUUUAUUAGUGGCUUCCCGAGCGUCAUCCUUUCAUGAAUUUUAUGUUUAUUUAUGGAAAUGAAAAUGCAAAAUAUUCUAAUUUUGAGUAAUGAUUUUGGAUUUUGUAUCGAAAAAUCUUACGAGCUCCGCCCAAGAUGAAGACACAGAUUCUCUAUUGCUUCA